UCUAGAGCAGCGUGGUGAAGAUUACCGGCAUACUUCAGUACGGGUCAAAUCAACCAACGAAAAGAUUGGGCCGAACGUUCAGAAGCGUCUUUUUGAUUUUUGAUUUUAAUACUAGGCUUCGUUUGAGCUAGAUUUAGCUUUCGUUUGCGUUUUGCGUACUUGGCGACGCCUCCGAAUUCCCGAAGCCGGUGUGCUGUGAACAAGUUUCUCGCUGCGGUUUCGCCAACACCAAGGAAUGACUAGAGAACUCACACAGAACAAAAUACAAAAGACCUGGAUUCCGUCAAAGGAUGAAAAAGCCGCUGCCCCCCGUAAAUCAGGUGGGGGUCCUUACUUGGCCAACCCUCCCACGGUCAUAGUGAUGGUCGGGCUACCCGCUAGGGGCAAAACGUACAUUUCAAGAAAACUCACACGCUACCUCAACUGGGUUGGCAUGCCCACCAAAGUCUUCAAUGUUGGCGAGUACCGCAGAGAAGCAGUGAAGAACUAUAGCUCCUAUGAUUUCUUCAAAUCAGACAACAAGGAGGCAGUCAAAAUAAGAGAACAAUGUGCCUUAGCUGCUCUCCGAGAUGUCAAGACUUACCUCACUGAGGGUGGUCAAGUUGCAGUUUUUGAUGCCACAAACACAACCAGAGCCAGAAGAGACAUGAUCCUGGAAUUUGGAGCCAAGAAUGACUUCAAGAUCUUCUUCAUUGAGUCUGUAUGUGAUGACCCAAAUGUGAUUGCAACCAACAUCAUGGAAGUGAAAGUGUCAUCUCCUGAUUACCAAGACUGCAACAAGACUGAUGCCAUGGAGGACUUCCAGAAGAGGAUCGCAUGCUACAGAAAAAGCUAUCAGCCCCUUGACCCAGAUGACUAUGACAGGAACUUGUCCUUCAUCAAGGUGAUCGAUGUAGGCUGCAGGUUCUUGGUGAACCACAUUCAGGACCACAUCCAGAGCCGCAUAGUCUACUACUUGAUGAACAUCCAUGUGCAGCCACGCUCCAUCUACCUGUGUCGCCAUGGCGAGAGCUAUUGCAACCUUCAGGGCCGUCUGGGUGGAGACUCGGGCCUCUCCACCCGUGGCAGAAAGUUUGCUUCUGCUUUGGCCAAGUUCAUGGAGGAGCAGAACCUGAAGGACCUGAAGGUGUGGACUAGCCAGUUGCGGCGAAGUAUUCAGACCGCUGAGGCCCUCAAUGUACCCUACGAGCAGUGGAAGGCCCUGAACGAGAUUGACGCGGGUGUGUGCGAGGAGAUGACAUAUGAAGAAGUGCGGGAGCGGUUCCCUGAAGAGUUUGCUCUGAGAGAUCAGGACAAAUAUUACUACCGCUACCCAAGUGGAGAAUCGUAUCAGGACCUGGUGCAGCGGGUGGAGCCAGUGAUAAUGGAGCUUGAGAGGCAGGAGAAUGUUCUAGUCAUUUGCCACCAAGCUGUCAUGCGAUGCCUUCUUGCCUAUUUCCUGGACAAGAGUGCAGAUGAGAUGCCCUACCUUAAAUGUCCGCUCCACACCAUACUGAAGCUGACUCCGGUGGCCUAUGGCUGCAAAGUGGAGUCCAUCUUCCUGAACAUUGAAGCCGUAAACACACACCGGGACAGACCCGAGGAGGUGAAGCGAGGUCCGGUCACCUUAAUCAGGAGGAACAGUGUGACUCCUCUCACCAGUCAUGAGCCUGCUAAAAAGCCUCGCGUUGAUGCCCAGGACGGUCACGCGACCCCUGACCUCCCUCCGGCCCCGCUCACCUUCUGUGCCACUGCAACUCCCUCACGCUGUCUACACAGAACCUGAAAAGGUGUGCAAGCGAGAGCUGCGACAUCCCACGCCUCUGUCAGAGAAGAAGAUUGCGUAUGACGUCUCAGUGGCUGCCAGACUGUGGCCUGCCCAGUUCUCUCUCAAGAGUCCAAGAACCUUCAGCUCCUCCUCUUCCCCUGGUCAGGAAGCUCGCAUCAAGUAGCUAUCUGGCCGUGUUUAAGCCUCCAAAGUAGCUUAUUGAUCUGUGAGCAUUCUUGCAGGCCUGCAUGCUUGCGAGAGCUGACAAAGGAAAGAAUUUAAGGGGUUGCUGAUCCUGAAAAAGCCACAUUCACACCACCAUCGCGAUUCGAAAUCUCCACUUCCCCUCCUGUUUCCUCAUAGGAUACCGCUCAUCACACAGCUCCUGGGUGUGGGGUGAAGACACUUCACACCUGUGCAGUCAUGACACCCCAAAGACCAUCUAUGGUUGUGUGGGUGUGUGCUGACUCACACACUAGGCCUUAGGUUGGGCCACAUAUUCAUAUGCUAAAUAACUAAUGAAAGAAGUGACUGCUCCUUGUAUGUCAUUUCAUUGUGAUCUCUGUGAGGGUUGUAAAUGCAUCUCCCUAUUCUGCUGCUGGCUAUUUGGCAAUUGUUUGCUGUAGCUGUUAUUAAUGCACGUUUUUGAGAUUUUGUCCCAUGCACUGAGAGAUGAUGCUGUUUGUAUGUCUGUUUAAUGAAGACAUAUUAGUGCUAAUAUGUAUGCUUGAUAAAGGUGAAAGUCAUGGGUGUAUGUAAUGGGGAUGUGUAUGUGUUCAUAUUGACAGGAUAUUUAUUUUUGUACAGUACAUGUUGAUUGUGAAGUAAUUUGUUUGAUAUAAUAAUAGAAAAACAGAAAAGCUUUUGUACUUCAUGUACAAUAAAUUCCUAAGAGUGCCUAGUCCUUUGGCUCUAGGGCCAAUAAUGCUUUAUUGUAUGUAUGUAUGUAUGUAUGUAUGUAUGUGUGUGUGUGUGUGUGUGUGUGUGUG